AAGAAUCCUCCACCCAUUUUCACUCUACUGACUCCCAAGCUAUGGUAUCUUAUCCCUUCAGACAAGCUGGGAGCGACGUACGUGCCCAAGGGACUGCCUGACUAUGGCGCAAAGGCUAAGGGAUGAUCAGAUCUUGACCCUGUCGAGCUCAGACGAAAGCAAACUAGAGACGGCAUCGCCAUUCCGACAUGGGAGGUCAAAGUCCAUUGACGAUGUCCACCGACAGAUGGUCAAGAGCUACAUCACACAUGUCGGAGCCCCAAAGACGGACUUUCCCGACCCCAAGGUCUCGCUGGUAGUGGUGUGGCUGCGGGCCUGUCUGCAGAGGUUGGGCCGUGGGUCCCUGGACUACUCACUGCUCAUCUUCCACAAAAACAACUGCUUCAGGAAAAACGUCAAGAAAGCCGUCAAGUCAAAAUUCUUCAACAUGUUCUUUGCAGUUGUGGUUCUAGUGAAUGCACUGAUCCUGCUGUUUGUCCACGAGCCCACAGAGUGGGGCGACUACAAAGACCAGAACCUCGUUACUGUGAGGGACCAUUGCCGGGAUCUUGUACACACCCUUCUCAAGCUAUGUGUUGUUUACAGCUAGGAAAUGAAUUGUCCAUUGAGUGCUCUGUUUACGGUGAUGUCUUUAUCCAUUGAGCAAUAUUAUAUUGACCUUUCGUGUGUCAGUAUAGCCCUUACAAUGCACAAUGUAUCUCUGUGCUUAUAUCUCCCCUCGUCUGUGCUUCUCUGCCAUUCUCUCUCCUGUUGCUACCAUCCUCACCUCUUUUUGAAUUCUAAACAAUGCCCCACUCUAUAUCCUUGUGUAUACUCCUCAUUUGCUUCCUCGUGUAUGUUAUAUUUCUGCCACAUCUCUUUCUGUCUCUAUCUUCCUUUCCCCCAUCCUCCUUCUUCCCCUCUCCCCCAGGCAUAUGUUUCCAUACUAUUCCUUCUGGCCUAUGUGGUGGAGUCAGGGAUGAGGAUCGUCGCCUAUGGCCUUAUCUUCCACCCAAAGGCCUACCUCCGCAGUUCCAUUAACAUUCUCGACCUCUUUCCAAUCCUAUUUGGAUUUCUCUACCUGAUCCUGACCCUGGCCAGAGUGUACGAGUGGGCAGAUGUGUUCGGAGCUCUCAUGGCCAUCAAACUCAUCAGAGUCCUCAGCGUUUUCAAAACGGUGAGGUUCAUUCUGAAGGCACUGGCCAAGUCAAUGAUACCGCUGGUGUUUGUGAGCGUGAUUCAACUGUGUGUAAUGGUCUUCUUCACCUUCCUCGGCAUGGAGCUGUUCCAGGGCUGCGGCCUCCAUAACGGCUGCUUCGCAAACUACACCGACCCAACUGGAGAGCUCCAGUCGGUGGUCGUAAGUGAGUUCCCCUGUUCGAUGAGAGGAGACGGCGGACUCGGAGUCCAUCGUUGUCCCGGCAACAGCCAGUGCCAAGAGUGGGGCGAGGGCCCCAAACUAUGGCUUCGUCUCCUUCGAGGACUUCCGGAAGGGACUGCUGACCGUGUUUCAGCUCAUCACUCUGGAGGGUUGGAGUGCUGUUUUCUACCUGGUGAGUUGGUGGGUGCCCUAUACAACUGGGUGCAGUAUACAGUCUGUAUGUUUGGAAUCAUGGUU